GGUGUGGAUGCGUGAGUCUCUCAGAUUAGCCUUUGGGACCUAUCCUGUCCCUGGCUUCACACCAGUUCAUUACACAUGUAAGUGCAUUACCAUAAUCCCACGGCUUGCUGUGAACCCACCGAAGCCAGUCAGUCCUAAACACAGAUGAAUGAAGACGAGCUAAGGAAGUCUCUGGCGGUAAUGGUGUAUUACGAAGCUGCCCUGUCUUCUUCAGAGCUUGUUUUAGGUUUCCUGUCUGUUUACAACUAAAAUCAUGUCAAGUGCGGCCAUAUCUUUCUGGAUGAUACUGUUGCUGUAUGCAGGAGUCUCCAGUGGGUGUGAUACAAACCCGUGCAUGAAUGGUGGUGUGUGCGUGAAUCAGGAUGGACAAUACAAAUGUCAAUGUUCCCAAGAGAGCUAUAAUGGACACCUCUAUGGGGGGCCGAACUGCAUGGUAGUCCUGCUGGGCUGUGAGCGUCAUUGGUGCCAGAACGGUGCCACUUGCCAUCCAUACCUGGACAAAGGACGACAUCGAUACAGCUGCAUCUGCCCUGAGGGCUUCACUGGAACAAAGUGCCAGACGUCCACCACUUUCUCUUUUGAAGAAAGUGGAUUUAUCCAGGUCCAGACCAUCCUCACUGACGCUUUUGAGCCCUUGAAUGUCACUCUGAGUUUUCGCACAUUGCAGGAAGUGGCCACUCUGCUCCAGUGCCAAGUUGAAGAUCAGCUUCUUACGCUGGAGUUAGUGGAUGGAAAACUACGGCAUACAUUGCAGAGAGCCCAGGACACGGAAAGCGUUCUUCUAGAGCUCCCAGCGAUGGUUUCCGAUGGCCGCUGGCACACGGCGAAGGCCUCGCUGCACAACAGCAUGUUUGGGCUGAGUCUUAGAGACCCGUCUUGUCCUGGAGACUUGUGUGUCAUGGAAGUGCAGAUAGGUCAAGCAGAGCCCGAAUUGGGUUCAGGUCUAUCCGAGUUGACUGUGAUGCAGAAUCUCUACAUUGGCGGAAGAGGAGAGCAAGGGGCUGGUUCAAGUUUGCUGGGAUGUAUGCGGGAUGUGUGGUUGGAUUCACGCAUAGUGGUGCCUGGAUUGGGACAGAGGGCUCCCAUUAAGCAAUUUAAUGUGAAACAGGAGUGCGGUGACUGGGACCAAUGCAAGGAAAACCCAUGCCAGAACAGAGGCAGAUGUGUCAAGACAGGAUGGAGGAGUUUUAGCUGUGAAUGUCAUCGGCCUUAUGAGGGCAAGAACUGUUUAGAGGAGUAUGUAGCUGCGAGGUUUGGCAAUGAAGAUUUGGAGAGCCACGCUCUGUUCAGGGUGGAUGAAGACGACCCGGGUGACAGCACUACCGUGUCCAUGUUCGUCCGCACGCGCCGCUCACAGGGGCUGCUCCUCGUCCUCUCCAACAGCACCAGUCAGUACCUCCGCGUCUGGCUGGACGAUGGAAAGGUCAAAGUUCAAAUCAACAACUUUGAAAGCCUGCUAGGAAGGGAAGCGGUCAACGAUGGCCACUUUCAUCUCAUAACUGUGCUUGUGGAACCCGAAUCCCUGUCCCUGUUCAUGUCUGCCAAGAGCCAGGGUCGCGUCCCUAUCCGUCGUGUGCUGGUCCAGGCUGGGGACGCAGUGCAUGUGGGAGGCUUAGCGGAUCGCCGUGCAUCGCUAGCCUUUGGGGGAUACUUUAAGGGCUGUAUCCAAGACCUCCGUAUGAAUAGCAGACGCCUGCAGUUCUACCCAGUCAGUGUCCCGGUGAGCUCCUACAGGCUCCAGAGUUUGCUGAAAGUCACACGCGGCUGCACGGGCGACGACUCCUGCAGUACCAAUCCCUGCUUGAAUGGAGGUGUGUGCUACUCCAUGUGGGAUGAUUUCACAUGCAGUUGCCCACCUAAUACGGCAGGGCAACGCUGCGAGGAAGUCAAGUGGUGUGAGCUGUCUCCAUGUCCCGCCGCUGCCAUGUGUCAAGCACACACUCAGGGUUUUGAAUGUGUGGUCAACGUCAGCCUCCGAAGUGACAGCCACAUAAUCACCUAUCGUGGCAAUGGAAAAAUAAAGCGAUAUCUCAGCAGCAUUUCAAUACAUUUCCGUACCAGGCAGCAGAACACCACUCUACUACAUGCUGAGCGGGAUGCUCAAUUUAUUACCAUUUCUAUCCAAGAUGGACACGUAGUUUUAGAGCUGCAGGGAGAAGAACAAUCCCCCUAUGUGUAUUUACACAGUCUGGACCUGGUUAGUGAUGGAAAGUGGCACAGGGCAGACUUCAGCAUGGACAACCCAGCCUUACAGUCAUCCAGAUGGAGACUGGUUCUGGAUGAGCACUGGGAGAAACCCUCCAUCUCAAUUACAGCCUCAGAAGAUCUGGAUUUCCUGAGAGAAGAUGUGGACAUCAUCUUGGGGGGGUUGGGACCCAAUUCGGAGGACAACUUCGCUGGCUGUCUUGGUUUGGUGGAGAUUAGUGGCCUUGCAUUGCCAUAUUACAGCGACAUGGAGAUGAACCUUCCCAGGCCCCAGGAAGAGCACUUUCUGAGAACCUCUGAAACUCCCUACAUUGGCUGCUGGGGAUCUAAUGUCUGUGAGCCUGACCCGUGCCAAAAUGGUGGGGUUUGUGAAGAUCUGUUCAACCUUUUCAAGUGCCAUUGCCCAUCUGAUUGGGAUGGCCAACUCUGUGAACUGACUCUAGACACUUGUGCCUCAAACCCUUGUGUUCACGGAGCCUGCAGAUUGGUGUCAGCAGGAUACGAGUGCUCGUGUGAUGUGGGCUACACCGGCCGACACUGUGAAAUGGUGGUGGACGUAUGCGCCCACCACAAGUGCAGCAAUGGUGGAACAUGCCUAAGAGGUCUGAAACGCUACGCAUGUCUCUGUCCGAGAAACACGACAGGACCUUUCUGCAGGGAGAGAGUUCCAGAACUUCCAUGGUAUAUCGACAGGUUUCCAUUCCCUAAACUGCCUGUGUCUUUCUGUGGGAAUGAGAGAUGGAACUAUAGUUGCUUCAAUGGUGGGAAUUGCUCCUCUGUAGAAGAUACUUGUGAAUGUCUACCUGGAUUCACUGGACAAUGGUGCGAGCUGGAGCUGGAUGAAUGUGCAUCUGACCCCUGCCUUAACGGAGGCUUCUGCCGUAACCUGAUCAACAGGUUCCAGUGUGUGUGCGAGAUGAGCUUUGCAGGUGACCACUGUCAGAUUGACGUCAGUGACUUCUACGUCUAUGUGUUCCUGCUCCUGUGGCAGAAUAUCUUCCAGCUGUUGUCAUACCUCAUUUUGCGUUUAGAUGAUGACCCAGAGGUUGAAUGGAACGCAGCCAAUGAUGACUAGGACUAAAAACAGUUCC